AACCAGGCGUUAUUUGAAUUCGUAAAUAUGGGAAUGUUAGUCGCUGGUUUUGUGAUCCAUGGCUUUUAAGCGGCUUGAUUUUGUUCAGUUUUCUUUAUUCUUCAUUCAAUGGCAGCGGAUGGUGCCAGUCGACAGGGAUGAUAAAGCGUCCUGUAUAUUUACUGUUGUGCUUUAUUCCCUCAUUGGUUUCUUCAUUUCUGCAUGUGACUGUUUGUCUUUCCCCUGGGAUUGUGACUUUGCGAUGGAAUUUGCUAUAGAUGGGAUUGCAUAUAUGGUACUCUGUACACAUCUAAUACCUGAGUUCAACGAUUUGCUCUGGCAAGAGCUUUGCUAUUGAUAAUAAAUGGGAUUUGAUCGGAUAUUACUACAAAUACAACCUCAGUCAAGUCAUAAUACAAGUGAGCUAUAGUACAUUCAUUUUUUGA